CGUCAGUGAGGAAAACAGACAGUGGGAAAGUGCUCUCUUCCCACUCGGAAAACAAGAUCUGUCUGCUGUGCUUUGCGCUGCAGCAGACUUCAGUUCAGAGUGAGACUUUUUUUCCCCCCCGCAGAUACUGAACUCCUACUUACUUUCUUACUUACUUACUCCAGCACAGUUUUCUCCAGUAGGACACAACUGAUGGUUGACGUGAGCUCAGCAGCACUGCCCACGCAGGUGCCCGUCACCGCCGCAACUAUCCUCCCUAUGGACCUGCGGAUGGUUGACCACCACCACCAACAGACCAAUUAUGGAUUACUCCCCCAACCACAACCUGCAGCGCCCACAUCCAGCGCUUGUCCCACAUCUGACGGGCCAGUCAUUAACCACCAAGCGCAGCAGCUGCAGCAGGAGCUGGUGGCUCUCAAACACAAGCAGCAGCUCCAGAGACAGUUGCUCAUCGCCGAGUUCCAGAGGCAGGAUGAACAGCUGUCGAGGCAACAUGAGGUGCAGCUGCAUGAACACAUCAAGCAUCAACAGGAUUUAUUGGCGCUGAAGCACCAGCAAGAGCUGUUGGAGCACCAGCGGAAGAUAGAGCAGCAGCGCAACGAGCAGGAGUUGGAGAAGCAGCACCGGGAACACAAGCUGCAGCAGCUCAAAAACAAGGAGAGGGGACGAGAAAGCGCAGUUGCCAGCACAGAAGUAAAGAUGCGACUUCAAGCAUUUGUCCUGAACAAGAAGAAAGCCUUGGCUCAACGAACCCUAAACCACUGUCUGCCCAAUGAUCCACGCUACUGGUACGGGAAAACCCAACACAGCUCUUUGGAUCAAAGCUCACCUCCCCAAGCAACUUUGUCAGCAUACCAGCACCCAAUGUUGGGCACGUACGACUCAAAAGAUGACUUCCCUCUACGUAAAACAGCAUCCGAACCCAACCUGAAGCUCCGUUCCAGACUAAAGCAGAAGGUGACGGAGCGCCGCAGCAGUCCUCUCCUACGCAGGAAAGACGGCCCCAUCAUUGCUGCGAAGAAACGCUCCCUGGAUAUUGCCGACUCUGCAUGCAACAGCGCUCCGGGCUCGGGUCCCAGCUCCCCCAACAACGGCUCCAGUAACAUUCCCCAUGAGAACGGCAUCCCCAUGUCCAGCAGCCCAGGAGAGGCGUCCUUGCUUCAACGCCUGGUUUCAAGGGAUGGUUCGAUCAGCCACCUCUCACUUUACACCUCUCCUUCUCUGCCCAACAUUACCCUGGGUUUGCCAGCGACAUGCCCGGGGAGCAAUACGAUAUCAGGACAUCAAGAUGCUGAAAGUCGCCUGGCGCUGUCUGCAUUGCAGCAGGGCAUUCCUUUAACCUCCCCUUUCCUGCCCGCUGCCCACUUGCCCCCCUACUUGGCUUCUCCAGGUCUGGACAGAAACGGGGCCGGGGGAGGCACAGCUGGUCAUGCCCCCCUUCUCCAACACAUGGUGCUCUUGGAGCAGAGCCACAGUCCAAUGGUUGGUUUAAGCGGCCUCCCACUCCCGCCAUCGUCAAUCUCCAAGCUUGUGCGGGGCCACCACCCCCUGGGUAGAACCCAGUCAGCACCUCUGCCCCAACAACAGUGCGGUCCAGCUCAGGCACUGCAGCAGUUGGUGGUCCAACAGCAGCACCAGCAGUUUCUGGAAAAGCACAAACAACAGUUCCAGCAGCAGCAACAUAUCAUCAACAAGAUGAUGUCUAAACCCAGUGACCAGGGCUCGGCUGUCAGCUCCUCAACAUGCGUGUCAUCCAGGCAGCACCAGAGCCACCCAGAGGAGACGGAAGAAGAACUCAGGGAGCACCAAGGUCUUUUAUCCUCCUCCUCAUCUUCCUCUUUGGCCAUCAAGCAGGAGCCCCUUGAGCCUCAAGAGCAGGACGACAGGGAGCAGAGGGAGAGGCAGGCUGAACAGGAGCUCCUGUUCCGACAGCAGGCAGUGCUGCUGGAGCAACAGCGACUCCACCAGUUGAGGAGCUUCAGGUCCUCAAUGGAAGCAGCAGGAUUGCCCGUGAGCUUUGCAGGCCACCGCCCCCUCUCUCGGGCCCAGUCGUCUCCAGCUUCCUCCUGCUCCUUCGCCAUGAUGGUGCAGGAGCCAGCGACCAAGCCACGUUUUACUACAGGUCUGGUGUAUGACUCCUUGAUGCAGAAGCAUCAGUGUAUGUGUGGCAACACAAACAGUCAUCCGGAGCAUGCAGGCCGCAUCCAGAGUAUCUGGUCCCGCCUGCAGGAAACAGGUCUAAGGGGCCACUGCGAGUGUAUCCGAGGAAGGAAAGCCACAUUGGAGGAAUUGCAGACCGUCCACUCCGAGCCCCAUGUUCUUCUGUACGGAACCAACCCACUGCGCCAAAAGAUGGACUGUUCGACGAGUCCGAUGUUUGUGAGAUUACCCUGCGGAGGCGUUGGGGUGGACAGUGACACCAUCUGGAAUGAGGUCCAUUCAUCCAGCGCAGCUCGACUGGCGGUUGGUUCCGUGGUGGAGCUGGUCUUCAAAGUAGCGUCGGGAGAACUGAAGAAUGGUUUUGCGGUAGUGCGACCACCUGGGCACCAUGCAGAGGAGAACACUCCGAUGGGGUUCUGUUACUUUAACUCGGUGGCGAUAGCGGCCAGGCUCCUGCAGCAGAGGCUCAGUGUCAGCAAGAUCCUCAUUGUGGACUGGGAUGUUCACCACGGCAACGGCACCCAGCAGGCCUUCUACGCUGACCCCAGUGUUCUAUAUCUGUCGCUGCAUCGCUACGACGACGGUAACUUCUUUCCUGGAAGCGGAGCCCCUGAAGAGGUUGGCAGCGGGCCUGGCGCGGGCUUCAACGUGAACGUGGCGUUUACCGGAGGACUUGAACCUCCCAUGGGCGAUGCGGAGUACCUUGCAGCGUUCAGGACAGUGGUGAUGCCCAUUGCCAAUGAGUUUGCACCAGAUGUGGUUCUGGUAUCUUCUGGUUUUGAUCCAGUGGACGGACAUGCUCCACCACUAGGUGGAUACAACCUGACUGCCAAAUGCUUCGGGUACCUGACCAGGCAGCUAAUGGGCCUGGCAGGCGGUCGGCUGGUUCUUGCCCUGGAGGGAGGUCAUGACCUCACAGCCAUAUGUGACGCUUCUGAAGCCUGCGUGUCGGCUUUGCUUGGUAAUGAGUUGGAACCCAUCCCAGAUGAUGUGUUGCAUCAAAGGCCAAACACAAAUGCUGUCCACUCAAUGGAGAAAGUUGUUGAAGCUCACAGUAAAUACUGGCGCUCGCUACAACGCUCUGCCUCCACGCUCGGAUGCUCUUUGAGCGAAGCUCUGAGACGCGACGCUGAAGAGGCGGAGACCGUCUCUGCCAUGGCUUCGCUGUCUGUCGCCAACAAGAACAUCGGAGAGAAGACUCAAGAGGAACCAAUGGAGGAGGAAGCCCCCCAGUAAGAGGCCUUGUCGAUGUCCGAGCACCGAGACUUUUGUGUAUGACAAUUCUUUUAUUGCCACUUCCACACCUGUGCUCUUGUCGAAUCGAGAUGUCGUCACGAUGGCGAAGAAGACCGAAUAUGAAUAGAACGAUUUCUCGUUCUACCGUGAAUUGAGGAUGAAGUAGUAGAGGACUCAACCAAUUCACACUCGGUCAUUCAUUGUGCAUUUUCAAAUGAAACACGUGCAAUCCGCGUUCCACUUUGUUACAUAUUUCCAUCCGUCAGGCACGAUCCGAUGGUAUUAAGAUCGUGAUCCUGCGUCAAGAACCAUCCAUGCUCUGUUUUUUUUCAAUCUGAGAUUUUCCCAAUCCAAUGUGACGGAGAAAACAUUUGCGUGCGUGCCUUUGUUUUUGUUGUUCUCCAACGAGUACGGAGAGUUUGAAUAGUUUGUUGAAGAACUACAGUAUGCCUUAAAACAGGCUCGAUACAAGGGGGUCUCCCAGUCCGACUACACCCAUGCCUAAGACGUGCACGUCGGUGCAAAGACCUGGCAUGUUUCAUGCACCACAGCACGGCCUGUUAUCUUUUCUUUUAUUUCUAUUUGUGUCUCACUUCAGAAGGGAAGAAUCGUCCAUUUCAGCCUCGAGAUUGUACAUUCGGGAGGAGGUGGCGUAGCGUGCACUGUCGGACCUGUGAAAACGGCGAUGCUGUCUUUGCAUUGUGUAGAACAGGGGUGUCAAACUUUUUUAGAUGGGAGAAAAAUCUACUCCAAAGUGGGCCGGGCUGGUAAAAUCACAGCACGAUACUUUAAAAAUAAAUACAACUUCAAUACUUGUUUAAAAAUAGAACAAGCACAUUCUGGAAAUGUAGAAAUCAUAAAGUUGUUGGGUUUUUUUUACACUUAGAUGUUGCGGUUAACAGUAUUCUAAUUCUAAUUCUUUAUUUGUCGUUAUCUAUACUUUCUGAAUAAAUUGAGUGUUAAUGUUCAUCAGUCAACUCAUUUGUGUUCAUUUUAAAUGUAUAAAGAUUGAAAAAAAAGGUAAAACAUUAGUAUUGGGGAACACAUAUUCACCAUUAAUUAGUUGCUUAUCAACAUGCAAAUUAGUAACAUAUUGGCUCUUAAUUGGUCAUUAUUAAGUACUUAUUAAUGCCUUGUUCUAUAUAGCCUUAUUUUACAACCGGUAAGCCAUUAAGUAAGAGUCGUCCCUCAAAAAACUCAGAAUUAUUGCUUAUUAGUAACCCUAACCCUAACCCUUAUAUAGUGUCCAAAUAUCUCUUGAAUAAUCGUAUUCUGUCUUUAUUGGUCGUUAUUUAUACUUUUUGAAUAAAUUACGUGAUAAUGGUCAUCAGACAACUAAUUUGUGUUAAUUUUCAAUCCAUCAAACUAAAAAAAAGGUAAACUUUAGUAUGGGGAACACAUAUUCACCUUUAAUUAGUUGCUUAUCAACAUGCAAAUUAGUAACAUAUUGGCUCUUAAUUGGUCAUUAUUAAGUACUUAUUAAUGCCUUAUUCUGCAUGGCCUUAUUAUAAAACCAGUAACUCAUUAACUAAGUAGCUUCCCUUAAUAACCUCAGAAUUAUUGCUUAUUAGUAACCCUAACCCUUAUAUGUUCCCCUAGUGUCCAAAUAACUCUUGAAUAAUUUUAUUAUAUCUUUAUUGGUCGUUAUUUAUACUUUCUGAAUAAAUUACGUGAUAAUGUUCAUCAGUCAACUCAUUGGUGUUAAUUUUCAAUUUAUCAAGAUAAGAAAAUAAGGUAAAACUUUAGUAUGGGCAACACAUAUUCACCAUUAAUUAGUUGCUUAUUAACAUGCAAACUAGUAACAUAUUGGCUCUUAAUUAGUCAUUAUUAAGUACUUAUUAAUGCCUUGUUCUAUUUGGCCUUAUUUUACAACCAGUAAGCCAUUAAGUAAGAGUCUUCCCUCAAAAAACUGAGAAUUAUUGCUUAUGAAUAACCCUAACCCUAACUCUUAUAUCAGGUGUCGGCAACCCAAAAUGUUGAAAGAGCCAUAUUGGGCCAAAAAUACAAAAACAAAUCUGUCUGGAGCCGCGAAACAAAUCUAAAAGCCAUAUUACAUACAGAUAGUGUGUCAUGAGAUAUAAAUUGAAUUAAGAGGACUUAAAGGAAACUAAAUGAGCUCAAAUAUAGCUAUAAAUGAGGCAUAGUGAGGCAAUGUGUACAUAUAGCUAGCCGAAAUAGAAUGUUAGCAACUAUUAGCUUGCAGUCAUGCAGUGACCAAAUAUGCCCGAUUAGUUUUCCAAACAAGUCAACAAAACUCACCUUUGUGCUUUUACGCACAACAUUAAAAGUUUGGUUGACAAAAUGAGACGGACAAAGAAGUGGCAUAAAACACGUCCUAGAAAGUAGGAGAAAGUUGUACAUGUAAACAAACCACGGUGAGUUCAAAGACCGCCAAUAUUAGUAGGACAAAACGGCGCUCGCCAAAUAUUCGAAUCAGUGAAGCAUGUUUAAUACAAACAGUGUGCUUUGUAACAUUUAGGGAGACUUGUGUCAUGUUUGUCCUCCUACAGAAACCAUAUUAAAACAAAAAAUAUAUUUUUUCCCUUCAUCUUUUUCCAUUUUUCAUACAUUUUUGAAAAAGCUCCAGAGAACCUCUAGUGCGGUUGUUAACCCCCGUCUUAUAUGUUCCCUUAGUGUCCAAAUAACUGUUAAAUAAUUCUAUUUCAUCUUUAUUUGUUGUUAUUUAUACUUUUUCAAUAAAUUACGUGAUAAUGUUCAUCAGUCAACUCAUUGGUGUUCAUUUUCAAUUUAUCAAGAUAAAAAAAUAAGGUAGCACUUAAGUAUGGGAAACACAUAUUCACCAUUAAUUAGUUGCUUAUCAACAUGCAAAUUAGUAACAUAUCGGCUCUUAAUUAGUCAUUAUUAAGUACUUACUAAUGCCUUGUUCUAUAUAGCCUUAUUUUACAACCAGUAAGCCAUUAGCUAAGAGUCUUCCCUUAAUAAGCCCAGAAUUAUUGCUUAUUAGUAACCCUAACCCUUUCAUGUUCCCCUAGUGUCCAAAUAACUCUUGAAUAAUUGUAUUAUAUCUUUAUUGGUCGUUAUUUAUACUUUCUGAAUAAAUUACGUGAUAAUGUUCAUCAGUCAACUCAUUGGUGUUAAUUUUCAAUCUAUUAAGAUAAAAAAAUCAGGUAAGACUUUGGAAUCGGGAACACAUAGUCACCAUUAAUUAGUUGCUUAUCAACAUGCAAAUUAGUAACAUUUUGGCUCUUAAUUAGUCAUUAUUAAGUACUUAUUAUUGCCUUAUUCUGCUUGGCCUUAUUAUACAACUAGUAAGCCAUUAUCUAAGAGUCUUCCCUUAAAAACCUCAGAAUUAUUGUUUAUUAGUAACCCUAACCCUAACCCUUUUAUGGUCCCAUAGUGUCCAGAUAACUCUUGAAUAAUUGUGUUAUGUCUUUAUUUGUCGCUAUUUAUACUUUCAGAAUAAAUUACGUGAUAAUGUUUAUCAGUCAACUCAUUAGUGUUAAUUUUCAAUUUAUCAAGAUAAAAAAAUAAGGUAAAACUUUAGUAUGGGGAACACAUAUUCACCAUUAAUUAGUUGCUUAUCAACAUGCAAAUUUGUAACAUAUUGGCUCUUAAUUAGUCAUUAUUAAGUACUUAUUAAUACCUUAUUCUGCAUGGUCUUAUAAUACAACCUGUAAGCCAUUAACUAAGAGUCUUCAGUCAAUAACCUCAGAAUUUUUGGUUAUUAGUAACCCUAACCCUAACCCUUUUAUGUUCCCCUAGUGUCAAAAAAACUCUAUAUUAAGUAUUUGUUACUUUAAUACUCAACUAUUUAAUGGUGAAUAUGAUCUCCAUACUAAAGUGUUACCGAAAAUAAUAUCAAAAUCCAAUUACAGGAUGUUAUUUAUGUAUUUUGCUCAUUAUCCUCAUGUGUUUUUUUUUUUACAAAUAAUUGCUAUCGCGACAUCUAGUGGACACAGUUAAAACAGCAGUUUCUUUCAUUCCAAAAUUUUGGCUCAUUUUUAUACUCCGCAAACCUGUUUGUUAGCCUGAUCCGCCCCACUGGCCGUACGUUUGACACCCCUGGUGUAGAAUGUCACUUUUUACAGGAAUAUCUCUCCACUAGACAUAUUUGGAAGCCUUCUCUCUUUGACAACAUUGUUUCCACAACAACAAUGACCUUACCGCCUGGGUCUUUCCAGAGGGGUUGCAAAAAGGCCACAGCUGCCUGCACAUCUGCUCCCCAAAUGUCAGGUGUGAGAGCAUGUGGCAGGUGUGUGCACUUCUAUGCAGUUCACAUUUCCAAUGUUUGUACUCCUUUUUUCCCCCCUCCCUAUGUUGCAUUAUAUUCAGGCAGUAGGACCGUGUGAUUUUUUCCUCAACCAAUCAGUAAAUAGUAUUAGUAAUAGUACAGGUGGUCCUGAAGUUGCUAUGUUUUUCCUACGACGUGUUAAAAUACAGAGAAAAAAAAUCAAACUAAAUAAUUACAAUCUCAGUCAACCCAUUAGAAAACUCACUCCCAUGAAUCCACUUACGUCUCUUUGGGAUGCAGCGUUAAUUCCUCUCUUCCAGCCGAGAUACUAGCAACCUUUUUAAUUAACUAAUUAGACCACUACACUGCUUAAUUAUUACUGUUGCUUCCAUAGACACAUAUCCUUGGACAUGGUGAAUGAUCCUUAUCCUUAAUCAGUCUUUUUAAACCUUUUCCGAGCCAAGGCACAAUUUUUUCCAUUGAAAAAAUCCUGAGGCACACCGGCGAGAAGAAAACAUUAAAAAAAUGAUACUCAGCAGCCGAUAUUGACAAUAAAAAGUUGUUCUCGCAAUUGUUGGAUAUGAAUUUAAACCAUAUCCACCUAUGCAUCACUAUAGCUCUUGUCUUAUAGUAGGUUUACACUGGUUUCCUGUGUGUAGGGUUUUAGUUCUUGUCUUGCGCUCCUAUUUUGGUAUUGAUUGACAUGUACGGAUGCACUUUGUGGACGCCGUCUGCUCCACACACCGUAAGUCUUUGCUGUCGUCCAGCAUUCUGUUUUUGUUUACUUUACAGACAGUUCAGUUUAAAGGCCUACUGAAAUGAGAUUUUCCUAUUCAAACGAGGAUAGCAGGUCCAUUCUAUGUGUCAUAUUUGAUCAUUUCGCGAUAUUGCCAUAUUUUUGCUGAAAGGAUUUAGUAGAGAACAUCCACGAUAAAGUUCGCAACUGGAGAAAAGCCCUGCCUCUACCGUAAGUCGCAGACGAUGAUGUCACAUGUUUGAUGGCUCCUAACAUAUUCACAUUGUUUAUAAUGGGAGCCUCCAACAAAAAGUGCUAUUCGGACCGAGAAAACGACAAUUACCCCAUUAAUUUGAGCGAGGAUGAAAGAUUUGUGUUUGAGAAUAUUGAUAGCGACGGAUUAGAAAAAAGAAAAAAAACGCGAUUGGGACGUAUUCCGAUGUUUUUAGACACAUUUACUAGGAUAAUUCUGGGAAAUCCCUUAUCUUUUUAUUGUGUUGCUAGUGUUUUAGUGAGUUAAAUAGUACCUGAUAGUCGGAAGGGUGUCUCCACGGGUGUCGUGACGCGCAGUGUCUCAGGGGAGUCGACGGCAGCUAUGGACGGAACAAGCUCAGCUUUUCUCCGGUAAGAAGCGACUUUUUAGCCACAAUUUUCUAACCGAAACCUGCUGGUUGACAUUCCGUCUUGAUUCAUGCUGGCUUGACCGCCCUCUGAUCCACAGUAACGUUUCACCUCCAGGAAUUUUAAACAAGGAAUCACCGUGUGUUUGUGUGGCUAAAGGCUAAAGCUUCCCAACUCCAUCUUUCCACUGUGACUUCUCCAAUAUUAAUUGAACAAAUUGCAAAAGAUUCAGCAACACAGAUCUCCAAAAUACUGUGUGAUUAUGCCGUUAAAGCAGACGACUUUUAGCUGUGUGUGUGUGCAGCGCUCAUACUUCCUAAAAACCCAUGAUGUCUUGCGCACACGUCAUCAUUACACGACGUUUUCAAGACGAAACUCCCGGGAAAUUAAAAAUUGUAAUUUAGUAAACUAAAAAGGCCGUAUUGGCAUGUGUUGCAAUGUUAAUAUUUCAUCAUUGAUAUAUAAACUAUCAGACUGCGUGGUCGGUAGUAGUGGGUUUCAGUAGGCCUUUAAAUUUCUUUUUGCAUAGCCAUCCUUAAGCUUCAAUGCCUUUCCUUAACGGCACUUGCCUUUUUUAUUUUUGGUUUAAGCAUUAGAAAUCUUUUUACCUGCACACUGCCUCCCGCAUAUUUGAUCAGGACAAACCCUGUUCCCGACAUCUAUAAAGCAAUUAGCUACCUGCUGCCACCUACCGAUAUGCUGAGCUCCAGACAGUACAGAUACUCAAAAACGGCACAUUAUUUGUGGAAUAUAAUUACUGGUUUGCAUAAAAUAUUUUUAACCCAAGUAGGUGAAAUUACUUAAUCACCAAACAAUAUGUCACGGUACAGUGGUUGAAAAACACUGUCCUUAAUGAUGGUCGCGACCAGUGUUCAGAAAAACAAUGUUUUUUCUAGUAAUGAGUAAUAUAAAGAAAUUUCGGGCAGGGGAAAUCUCCUAAAGCCCAAAUGGGGAAAAUAAUAAACCUUGUGAAGGGGCCACAGAUGUGGGGCAACAAUGGAUGCCAAGUAGGUACAGUUAUUGAAUUAUUUGCGAUAAUGUGAGAGUCAGGUUUAUUAAUUAAUUAUUUUUAUGGACAUUACGUUACGUUAUUGUCAUGUUAUUCAUAAUAAUUGUGAACAAUGCAUUAAAAUUGGCCCUAGUGUGUGAAUGUGAGUGUGAAUGUUGUCUGUCUGUCUAUCUGUGUUGGCCCUGCAAUUAGGUGGCGACUUGUCCAGGGUGUACCCCGCCUUCCGCCCGAUUGUAGCUGAGAUAGGCGCCAGCGCCCCCCGAGACCCCGAAAGGGAAUAAGCAGUAGAAAAUGGAUGCAAAAUUCCCAAAAAAGUAAAGUACCCCUAUAGCUCUAGACUUCUUCCGUUAGUUUGAGAUUGUCUUUACUGCCUCAAGUGGUGGAAAAGUGUAUUACAACUUUGUACCUCUAUGGCAAUUGUUCUCAAACUUUUUUCAGUGAUGUACCCCCUGUGAACAUUUUUUUAAUUCAAGUACCCCCUAAUCAGAGCAUAGCAUUUAUGGUUGAAAAAAAGAGAUUAAGAAGUAAAAUACAGCACAAUGUUAUCAGUUUCUGAUUUAUUAAAUUGUAUAACAUUGCAAAAUAUUGCUCAUUUGUAGUGGUCUUUCUUGAACUAUUUGGAAAAAAAGAUACAAAUAUAACUAAAUUAUAAAUAAAGAUUUCUACACAUAGAAGUAAUCAUCAACUUAAAGUGCCCUCUUUGGGGAUUUGAAUUGAGAUCCAUCUGGAUUCAUGAACUUAAUUCUAUACAUUUUUUCACAAAAAAAGAAUAUUUCAAACAUAACUAAUAUUCAUGGAACAUGUUCACGAAAAAUCUAGCUGUCAACACUGAAUAUUGCAUUGUUGAAUUUAUUUUCACAGUUUAUGAACUUACAUUCAUAUUUUGUUGAAGUAUUAUUCAAUAAAUAAAUUUAUAAAGGAUUUUUGGAUUGCUGCUAUUUUUAGAAUAUUUAAAAAAAAAUCUCACGUACCCUAUGGUGAAGAAACACUCGAUUAAUCUGCAUUAACACGAUCAUUUUGGCAGACCUACAUUUUUGGUAGUGCAUUGAUAACCACAAAAAAAAACCUCAAACCAGGACCACCUGUUUAUCAUUAUUACGUUUUUUUAAAUAUUGAAGAUAAUAAUAUUUUUUAAUUAUGAGUAUGACAUUAGAGAUGUUAACAAAUUGAUCUUUUCUCACUAGAUUCUGAAGAUUGCAUUUUUUGGGCAGCUACUUUCUCUCCUACAUGGCUGUCUCAUUAAUUAAUUAUUUAAAAAAUUGUGAAUUGAGUUACUUGCUUUGCUUUUGAACGCCCUCAAUAUUCCUGCCACAUGCUCACCACAAAGGACUUCCGGUUGAAUCCCGUUCCAUGGCUCGCCAUCUUUGCGCGGACGUGGUGACUUUGCUGUUUGUUUUUUAACAUGUUGUAUAUUUUGUUGCCUUGUUUGUUACAUUGCUGACAUGCUUCACUACAGAUGAGGGUUUAGAUAAAACAUGCUGUUCUGGACCGAGGGCUUUUGUGGGAAUUGUUUCUACUUUGUAUACAAUUGUGUAUUUACUGUCUGUUCAUAGUAGAGUUAUAAAUACAUAUAUAUAUAUAUGAAAAGAAAUGAUUAUAUUCUUGAACAAUAUGAAUGCGUUCUUACGUGUAGGGUGUUACUGAAUGCACCAUUUGCUGUCCUUGGUUACAGUUUGUUGUUCCAUUGUGCUUUUUAUCAGCUGUCUUUUUGGUCAGUGAUGACAACUUUUUGGACUUUUCCAUUCCUGCGGCACCACGUCUUUAACUGCCGUUUGCCCGCCGAUCUGCUUCACAUAUCCAUGCACAUAUUUGUACUUUUUUCCAAAUGUUCUGGUCUUUUUUUUUGGUCUGUAGAUUCAAUUGUAGAAGAAAAUGCAUUUUAUAUGGCACAUGUUACAUUUUAGUAAUUCAAGAAACAUGAGAUUAAAUUGGAAUUUUAAAAUUCUCAAA